AUGUGGCGGCUGUGUCUCUGUCUCCUGGUAGCCCUGGCUGCCAGCGAGAUGGCGAAUUAUGAGCCUUUUCUGAACUCGAAAAAAACAUACGAGUAUAAAUAUGAGGGAUUGGUGCAAGUGGGACGAGAACUGCCACACCUGGUUGAGUCAGCGCUGAAACUGAGGUGCACUUUUAAAAUCAUUGGAGAAUCACCACACACCUUUGUCCUUCAGGUCUCAAAUGUAGACUUUGAAGAUUUUAAUGGCAUACCUGGGAAAAGUGUCUUCAGCCCUUCCAAAAACAUCACUAAGCGUCUGUCAGCUGAGUUCAGCCAGCCAAUCAUUUUUGAAUUCUCCAAAGGACAAAUUACUGACAUUCGCACAGCACCUGGGGUCUCAAACACAGUUGUAAAUAUUGUGAGGGGGAUCCUUGGAUUUCUACAAGUCACGGUCAAAACCACACAAAGUUUUUACGAACUAGUGGAGUUGGGAAUUCAUGGUUUGUGUCAGAGCAGUUACACUGUUGAUGAAGACUCUAACGCCAAAGAGUUAAUAGUCACACGAACUGUUGAUAUCACCAACUGUCAACAGCCAGCAGCUUUGUACAGAGGUAUGGCUCUUGCACCUGAAGACAAAAUUAGCAAACAGAGAGGCGAAAGUGUUGUUUCCACAAUAAAACACACCUACACAGUGAAGUCCACAGCAGACGGUGGUCAGAUUACUAAAGCAUUUGCUCAAGAGCGCCAAUAUUUCUCUCCGUUUAAUGUAAAGGGAGGAAACUUCCGAAUGUUGGCAUUGCGGGACAUUGAACUUCUCAAAGUUUCAGACACAACUGACAAAGUUGUGACUGGACAGGUGCAGAGCAGAGGCAACCUGAUGUAUAAGACAAAUAAGGACCUCAAACCAAUACCUGUUGUGAUGCUUAAACUAAGUGACCCAGUGCCAAAGAUUUUAGAUUUGAUCAAGCGCCUCGCACAGGCUAAUAUAUAUCAUGUGGACAGUGCAAGCAGCACAGACAUUCUGGAUAUAAUUCAGUUAAUGCGUGUGGCAACACUUGAUAAUCUAGAGCAAUUAUGGAAGCAGGUCUCAGGAAAUGAUGAGCACAGGAGGUGGUUCCUAGACUUGGUUGUGGAGGUAACAGAUGAAAGAAUUCUCAAAUUCCUUGAGGCCAGAUACAAAGCAGGAGACAUUACAGCGAAUGAGGCAGGACAAGCACUGGUAGUGGCAUUUAACCACUUAUCUGCUGAACCUGUGUCAGUGGCAUUAGCUCAGGAGUUCCUUACCAUUCCUUUCAGUAAAUCCCAUCCUCUCCUGUGGAAUACUAUAGUUUUGGCAUAUGGAUCUCUUGUACACAGAUACUGUGUGUAUACUGAUCCCUGCCCUAUCACUGUGGUACAGCCAUUGCUGAAUAUGGCUGCAAGUAGCCUAAGUAAAAACUCUGAGGAUGAAAUGGUCCUUGCGCUGAAGUCCUUGGGAAAUGCAGCUCAUCCUUCCAGCAUCAAGACUCUCCUCAAGUUCCUUCCAGGCUACUCAAAUGGAGCUGAAAAACUUUCCACCAGAGUGCAGGGAGCUGCAGUCCAGGCAUUUAGGCUGCUUGCAAGCAAAGCCCCCCACAGUGUACAGGAUAUUGUCUUGAACCUCUUUGUACAGAAGGCUUUACCAGCUGAAAUCCGCAUGCUGGCUUGCAUUGUUCUUCUAGAGACCAAGCCAUCCACAGCUCUGAUCUCAGUAGUAAGUGAGGUCCUUCUAGAGGAGGCUGAUCUGCAAGUUGCCAGUUUUUCCUACUCUCUGCUCAAAGGCUUUGCCAAGUCCCGUACCCCUGAUAAUCAACAUCUAUCUAUUGCCUGUAAUAUUGCCAUGAAGAUUCUAACACGUAAACUUGGCCACUUGAGUUACCGCUACAGCAAGAACCUGCACUUUGACUGGUUCCAUGAUGACUUUUUAUUCGGGACAUCUGCUGAUGUUUAUAUGCUACAAAAUGAAAGUCCCAUCCCCACAAAACUUAUGCUAAAGGGAAAAAUUCACUUCAUUGGGAGAAUACUGCAAUUUCUCGAGUUUGGUAUCCGUGCUGAUGGACUCAAAGAUCUGUUUGCAGGAAAAAUCCCACAACUCACUAAAGAUUUAGAAAUCAGCGAUUUGGCUGCUAUAUUAAAAAUUCUCUCUAACUGGGAGAGCCUACCAAAAAACAAACCUCUUUUGACGGCAUAUGCACGAGUUUUUGGACAGGAAGCCUUUUUGAUGGAUGUAAGCAGGGACUCAGUUCAAAGCAUCAUAAAGUCACUCAGUCCUUCUGCAGGGAAGGAGAGUAAAGUUUGGGAAAGGAUUCAAGAUGUUCAGAAAGGGACCUCAUGGCACUGGACUAAGCCACAUCUUGUGUAUGAGGCUAGAUUCAUACAGCCAACGUGUUUGGGUCUCCCAGUUGAAAUCAGCAAAUAUUUUUCCAUAGUAAAUGCUGUUACAAUGAAAGCAAAAGCUGAAAUAAAUCCUCCUCCAAAGGAACAUCUGGGUGAACUGCUAAGUUCAGACAUUUCCAUGCAGACAGAUGGCUUUAUUGGUGUGACAAAGGAUCAUUUUCUCUUCCACGGAAUCAACACUGAUCUUUUUCAGUGUGGAACUGAGCUAAAAAGUAAGGUUGCAAUGGGACUGCCGUGGGCAUUUGACCUGAAAAUAAAUCCGAAAGAGCAAAAGUAUGAAAUGAACUUGACUCCAAGCAAAUCAGUCACUGAAUUAUUUUCAGUCAGUUCUAACGUGUAUGCUGUUUCGAGAAACAUUGAGGACCCAACCUCAUCUAAAAUAACACCCAUGAUGCCUAAGACAGGGGAGUCCUGGCAGGGUGUGCCUCUGAGAAUGUUACCCUCUUUAAGGGAUGAACAGACCGAAAAAUCUGGCAUGAAAUUCAGGCAAUGUGCUGAAGCCCAAAUUUAUGGAACUGCAAUGUGCAUUGAGGCAGAAGCCAAACGUGCACACUAUCUUCACGAAUAUCCUCUGUAUUACUUACUGGGUGAUACUCGCUUUUCAUGUAAUUUAGAACCAGCUAAGGAUGCAAAACCCAUUGAAAAAAUUCAGAUUCAGGUCUCUGCUAGCAGACAACAUCCUUCAGUAAUGAGUGGAAUGGUGAAUCUCAACCGUAGAGUAUUCAAGAAGACAAGAGAUGAGAUCACCUCCUGUGAGGAACACAAAAUAUCCAGUUCACUCCCAGUAACUCAGGAUCUAGAUGUCACUCCAGACCCGGUAGUCGCAGUAAAAGCACUUAGUUUAAGUCCACAAGCAAAACCGCUUGGCUAUGAGGGCGUAGCCUUUUAUUUGCCAACUGCCCAAAAAGAUGACAUCGAAAUGAUCAUCUCUGAAGUUGGUGAAGAAGCGAACUGGAAAAUGUGUGCCAAUGCAAAUAUCGAUAAGAGUCAUUCAUCAGCAAAGGCUCAUCUCAGAUGGGGUGCAGAGUGUCAAACAUAUGAUGUUUCUAUGAGAGUGUCUGCAGCGUGCCAACCAGAGUCUAAACCAUCUAUAAACACAAAGAUUAACUGGGGGACUCUGCCCUCAGUAUUCACAUCAUUUGGUCAAAUAAUUCAAGAGUAUGUGCCUGGCGUGUCUUACAUUAUGGGUUUCUACCAGAAAAUUGAGGAAAACCCAGAACGGCAGGCAUCUGUUACUGUUGUGGCAUCCUCACGAGAGACCUUUGACCUGAAAGUGAAAAUUCCAGAGCGAACUAUCUACAAAAAGAAAAUUCCUUCACCAAUUGAACUUGUGGGGAUCGAAGCUGCAAAUAUCACCAUGUCAACUUAA